AUGUUUUUUGUGCCACCUUUCCGCAGCGUUUUGGGCUUAGCACUCUCUGGGCUUAGUACUGUUUGGGACGACGGAUCGGGCCCCGAUCGCGGGCUGCACCAAGUGACCUUUUCACUUUGGCAGCUAACGCAUCAAAGCAGGCACGUGCCACCAAUUUUGGUGGACCAGUUCCCCUUGCUCCAGGGCCAAGCCUUAGCGCCCAUCUCUAGGUUGAUGGCCCGGGUGUGGGGCAAUAGCGACGCCAACUGCAAGGAGGCGAAGGUGGCCUUGAAGCCAAAACCUGAGCCUAGCGAAGAACCCGAGAAGCGUCGGAUGAAGGCGCUUUUUUCGCGUUGGUUUUUUGGGGGCUGGAACGAUUUGUUCAUUGAAUUCCUCCAGAAAACCCCGUGGGGCCCCCAUGAUUUUCCAAUGAAUGGGCACUAG